GUUGCCGACGAAAGCGUCAUGCCUAAAAUUCCCCCAGGCGAUUGGUUAGCGACACUGACCUCUUCUCUUUUUAUUCCAGUCGCAAACUGCUUGAUCUCGUGACAAAACCACCCGAUUGCGCAAUCCUGUUCCUGAGAUCAGCAGUAACCUAUUAUGAACUAACAUUACACCUUCAGUCUCUGAGCAGUGCAGCGGAUUCGGUCAUGCAAUUCAGCAACGGCGUGCCGCAGCAGGUCCUCGCAUCCACCGGCUCCUUCACCGGCUUCCGGCCCAAAUUCCACCAGCUCGGCCACGGCUAUUUGAGCGCGACAGACAGCUUCAAGCAGCCAUUAUGCGGCAAUGAGGAGGGCUGGGGCCCACUGAGCCCCUUCCGAUACGACUUCACGCCAUGCUUCAUUGAUGUUUGGGUUGCUCUGGUCGCUGGGUUUGGUAUCGUGUGCGGACCCUUGGCUCUCUGGUAUGUCUUGAGGAAAUCCAAGGCUGCGCAACUGCCGAAGGACUGGCAUUUCUGGACAAAGCAGGCACUCCUCGUUGCUGUUAUCGCCGACAUCGUUGCCCAGCUUGUGAUCCAGAUCAUCAACUUCCCCAAUAUAUGGUACGGUGACUUCCGAGUCCUGACCACCUUCUUGACCUUGAUAUCACUAUGGGUGGUAUUCGCGAUUCAGUGGGCCGAACACGCCCGCUCGAGGUAUGCCAAUGGCGUGGUUCUGUUCUACUGGCUGUUUCUGCUGCUGGUCUACGCCGUCAAACUACGAUCUCUUGUCUCUCAGCAAGUCUACCUUACGAACUUGCCAUACUUUGUAACCUACACCGUUGGCUUUGGCCUCUCGGCAGUUGAAUUUCUAUUUGAGUGGCUGUGGCCGAAGCGAGCGAGUGCAUACGAGGCAUUGGUCGAUGACGAGGGAGCAGAAUGCCCCGCCGAGUAUGCGACCGUCUUCUCGAGACUGACAUUUUCAUGGAUGACCCCUAUGAUGAAGUACGGAUACAAGCACUAUCUUACAGAGGAAGACUUGUGGGGACUGGGCCCCAAUGACAAGGCGUCUACGACCGGCGAGCAGUUUGACAAGGCGUGGAAGCACGAAGUUGAGCAUAAGAAGCAUCCCUCGUUGUGGUUGGUCAUGUUCAAGUCCUAUGGUGGUCCGUAUAUGCUUGCUACUGUCUUCAAGGCAGCCAAUGAUCUGUCGGCUUUUGCUCAGCCUCAACUGUUGCGUUAUUUGAUCGCUUUUGUUGCUUCGUAUGACAAAGGCAAAGAGCCGCAGCCUGUCGUCAAGGGUGCUUCCAUCGCACUGGCCAUGUUCCUCGUCGCCUGCUUGCAAACAAGCAUGGUUCACCAAUAUUUCCAGCUUGCAUUCGUCACCGGUAUGCGCAUCAAGGCCGGCCUCUCCUCUGCGAUCUACAAGAAGUCUCUCAAGCUGUCCAAUGAAGGGCGAGCCUCGAAGACCACUGGUGACAUUGUCAACUACAUGGCUGUAGAUGCUCAACGUCUGCAGGACCUAACCCAGUUUGCGCAGCAGGUGUGGUCUGCGCCCUUCCAAAUCAUUAUUUGUAUGGUGUCCUUGUAUCAAUUAGUCGGUUGGUCUAUGCUUGCUGGUAUCGCCGUUAUGAUUAUCAUGAUUCCUAUCAACGGCUUCAUUGCCAGGUUUAUGAAACGCCUGCAAAAGCAGCAGAUGAAGAACAAAGAUGCUCGGAGUCGUCUCAUCUCCGAGAUCAUCAACAACAUGAAGAGCAUCAAGCUAUAUGCAUGGAGCACCGCAUUCAUGAACAAGCUGAACCACGUGAGAAAUGACCUGGAGCUUCAGAAUCUUCGAAAGAUCGGAGCCGGUCAAGCACUCGCCAACUUCACUUGGUCUACCACACCAUUUUUGGUGUCGUGCUCGACAUUCGCAGUGUUCGUACUCACCCAAGACCAGCCAUUGACGACAGAGAUCGUCUUUCCAGCCCUGGCGCUUUUCAACUUGCUGACAUUCCCUCUGGCCGUGCUGCCCAUGGUCAUCACGUCCAUCAUCGAAGCAACUGUGGCUGUUGGUCGUUUGACAGAAUACCUUGCUGCUGAAGAAGUGCAAAACGAUGCUGUUGAGAUCAGUGCUGCCGCCGAAGAGCGUGGAGAUGAGAGUGUUAUCAUUCAGGAUGGCCAAUUCUCGUGGGAUCGCCAUGGCUCGAAGAGUGCCCUUCGGGACAUUCACUUCGUUGCUCACAAGGGAGAAUUGACAUGCGCAGUCGGAAGAGUCGGUGCAGGCAAAUCAUCACUUUUGCAAAGUGUCCUUGGUGACUUGUACAAAGAGAAGGGCAACGUUAAAGUAAAAGGGAACGUCGCUUAUGUGGCCCAACAGCCAUGGAUCAUGAACGCUACGGUGAAGGAAAAUAUCAUCUUUGGCCACCGGUACGAUUCCAACUUCUACGAAAAAACUGUCAAGGCUUGCGCUCUGCUGGACGACUUUGUUCAGUUGCCGGACGGGGACGAGACUGUCGUGGGUGAAAGGGGCAUCUCUCUCAGUGGUGGCCAGAAAGCACGUGUUGGUCUUGCUCGAGCCGUCUAUGCUCGUGCUGAUAUCUAUCUGCUCGACGACGUGCUAUCAGCUGUUGAUGCUCACGUCGGACGGCAUCUAAUCGACAAUGUCUUAGGAUCUCAGGGCCUGCUAAACUCGAAGUGCCGAAUCUUGGCAACAAAUGCGAUCUCCGUUCUUGCGUCUGCCGACUACAUCUACCAAUUGAAAGAUGGUGAAAUUCACGAAAAGGGCACGUUCGCUCAGCUCAUGGCCAUGAAGGGAGGAAUUUCGGAUCUAGUCAAGUCUACUGGUCAAGAUUCAAGUCCAGCAACUGAAGUGAACAGCCCUGAAGAAACUUCGAGCGAAUCCUCGUCAACCUACCUUGAGGACGCUACAGCUGCUGAUAAGGAAGAGCUUGAAGAGGCGCAAGAGAAUGUACCCGAGCUGGCCCCCAUCAAACCCGGCGGUUCGUCAAAUGUGCAAAGGCGAACCGGUAGCAUGUCAACUUUGAGACGGGCAAGUACUGCCAGUUUCAAGGGCCCACGUGGAAAGCUUUCCGACGAGGAGGGUCCAAGCAGCAAGACCCGACAAACCAAAGAGCAUUUAGAACAAGGCAAGGUCAAAUGGGAUGUCUAUCUUGAAUAUGCCAAGACGAGCAAUAUCAUUGCCGUCGCUAUCUACCUGGGGACCUUAAUUGCCUCCCAGACUGCCCAGAUUGGCGGUAGUGUGUGGCUUAAGAACUGGGCAGAAAUGAACGACAAGGUUGGUGGUAACCCUCAGGUUGGAAAGUAUCUUGGAAUCUACUUCGCUUUUGGUGUUGGUUCAGCCGCUUUGACUGUCGUGCAGACCCUGAUACUAUGGAUCUUCUGUUCUAUUGAGGCAUCCAGAAAGCUUCAUGAAAGAAUGGCAACAGCAAUCUUCAGGUCGCCCAUGUCGUUCUUCGACACAACCCCGGCCGGUCGAAUCAUGAAUCGUUUCUCAAGCGAUGUUUAUCGUUUGGAUGAGGUUCUCGCCCGUACUUUCAAUAUGCUAUUUGUCAACCUGGCUCGUUCUGGAUUCACGCUGGCUGUUGUUUCGGUGAGCACGCCGGCUUUCGUCGCCUUAAUCAUUCCCUUGAGCGCUAUGUACUACUGGAUCCAGCGAUACUACCUGAGGUCAUCACGCGAGCUCAAGCGAUUGGACAGUGUCAGUCGGAGCCCCAUUUAUGCUCAUUUCCAAGAGUCACUCGGUGGCAUUAGCACUAUCCGGGCAUACCGACAGCAAGGCAGGUUUGAACUUGAAAACGAAUGGCGCGUCGACUCAAACCUGCGGGCUUACUAUCCGUCUAUCAGCGCCAACAGAUGGUUGGCCAUCCGGCUAGAGUUCAUCGGAGCCAUCAUCAUCCUCUCGGCCGCAGGAUUCUCAAUCAUCUCUGUGACUAACCAUAGCGGUCUGACCUCUGGCCUGGUUGGUCUGGCCAUGUCGUAUGCCCUUCAGAUCACCACCUCUCUCAACUGGAUUGUACGUCAGACAGUUGAGGUGGAGACAAAUAUUGUGUCUGUUGAACGAGUCCUCGAAUAUGCCCGCCUCCCAAGUGAGGCGCCCGAAAUUAUCCAUCGACACAGGCCGCCAGUUGCGUGGCCGGCUAACGGAGCUGUCCAUUUCCAAAACUACAGCACUCGCUACCGUGCCGGACUGGAUCUAGUGCUGAAGAACAUCAAUCUUGACAUCAAGUCACAUGAGAAGAUUGGUGUGGUUGGGCGUACAGGUGCCGGCAAGUCGUCACUAACGCUUGCACUCUUCCGGCUCAUCGAGCCGGACACAGGUAAUAUCAGCAUCGAUGAUCUGAACACCUCGACGAUAGGACUGCUUGACCUACGAAGGCGGCUGGCUAUCAUUCCACAAGACGCGGCUCUUUUCGAGGGCACCGUUCGGGAUAAUCUGGACCCUGGUCAUGUACAUGACGAUACGGAACUAUGGAGUGUGCUUGAUCAUGCACGACUAAAGGAACAUGUGGCCAGCAUGGAAGGAGGACUUGAGGCUAAAUUAAACGAAGGAGGUUCAAACCUAUCGCAAGGACAACGACAACUCGUCUCCUUGGCACGCGCCAUGCUUACACCGUCCAACAUCCUGGUAUUGGACGAGGCGACGGCGGCGGUAGAUGUCGAGACAGAUGCGGCACUUCAGAGCACUCUUCGAAGCCCCCUAUUUGCUCAUAGGACAAUCAUCACUGUCGCUCACCGUCUCAACACCAUCCUGGACUCGGAUCGUGUUGUCGUGCUUGACAAGGGCGAGGUGGUCGAGUUUGAUACGCCUAAGGAUCUCAUCAAAAAGAAAGGCGUAUUUUAUGGUUUGGUGAAGCAGGCCGGCCUCGAUACGGAGUAAGCUUUCGUAAGUCGUAGGGUUGUACGUUGCAAGUCUGUAUAAAUCGCAUGUGUAGGUUGUUCAUUGUACAUAUGUCGCCUGCGGAUUGUUUGAGGCAGCAAAAAGCAUCGCUCUCGGCGUUUGGAUCAUUACAUAGCCCAAUCUAGACAGCAGAUUUGGUUCGUUCCAGUCUUGUUUCUCACGAAUGCAUGUGGUACAACGUGUAACCAAGUCCACCUGGGUCAGCCCACGGUACGUACUGCAUAGUUAACAAAUCAAGUAAAGCAA